UGGAGGAGGAGGUAGGGGGAUGGAAUGGUGCUAUUUUAAUGCUUACUGAAGUGAUCUAGUUGAUUGGCUGGUGUUAUGUGUUCUCGUGUGGCAGCUGAGUGCUAUCUUGGGCGUGAGUGUACGAGAUGUGGGCGUGGGUACCUGUCAUGAGAUCGUUCACGUCAUCAGCGAGGAGGAGGCCGCCGUCAACAAGACAGCUCGUAAAGCCUCCCUACAGGCCGCUAACAGGUGUGAGGACGGGGCGGGUGCGGGCCGCCCUGGGUGAAGGGUUCAGUGUGGUGGACGCCAACACGUCGACUGUGUCGGGUCCUCGGGUGGAGAUCCUCACUACCUGUGGCUGUGGCAACAUCAUACCCGUCUACCACACCAUCUGCACCCCCUACACCUGCCUCAACGGUGGCAGGUGUUUAGUCACACCUAAAGGCACCAGGUGUAUCUGUCCUCACCACACAUGGGGGUCCCGCUGUAAGGUGAUCAUCAGACACUUUGAGGGUGGUGGAGGCGGUGUUGGCGGGGCCACCUUAUUGGGCGGGUGGGCGUGGGUGCCGCCCAUCCCGCCCUGUACCGAGGUCCACCUGAGUAUGGAGGUGCUCACCAGGUCUGGGGCAGCCACACUGUUGUACUCCGGGCCAGACCAGGGCGACAGGACUGUUAGUGACUUGCUGCUGCUGGAGCUGCGUCAGGGCCGCCCCCCUCCUGCUGGACCUGGGGGCGGCCCGUCACCCUGGCCCUUAACGCCUCCUACUCUCUCGCUGAUAACACCUGGCACAGGAUCGACCUCAUCUGGAAGGACCAGCUGGUGGAGAUGAUUGUGGACAUGUGUACGGGUGGGAGCCUCGACGACCCGCCCACCUGCCCUCAAGUCCCGCCCACAACCACUCUACCCCGCCUACUCUACCCGACGCCCACACCUGCCGGGGUGCAGCCAGAUUGCCCAGGUCCACCCGCGUCCUCAACACAGAUGGGCCUCUGCAGGUGGGCGGGCUGGCCUACUCUCUCCCCGCCCACAUCCUGCAUGGUGACCCACCGCGCCUCCGCCCACCUCACUUCCGGGGAUGUAUCAGGAACCUCAGAGUGAACGGAGAGUUGAUGGAUCUGGGUAGUGGUGUUCUUAGUCGCGCCAGCUCCCCCGGAUGUCCUGCUUCUGACUGUCUCUCCAGCGGCCUGUACUGCGGCCUUCACGGCAGGUGCCAAGGUUCACCCGGGUCCCUGCGGUGUGACUGUCAGCUAGGGUGGGGUGGCGCAAGCUGUGCCACACCCACGACACCCACCACCUUCCUGCUCAACAGCUAUGUCAAGUUGGCUCUCUCCUUCACCCCCCUCGGCUACACCACUUCCAUCUCCCUCAGGUUCAGGACGUGGAAAAGAAGAGGACAGCUGGUAGCGGUGGCGUCUCAAGAAAGUCGUGACAGCUGGUCGGUGGAGGUGGUGGGUGGGAGGGUGUGUGGUGCCGCCUGCAACCUCGACCCUCCACUUCUCUGCCUCUCCCGGGCCUCUCUCACCGACGGUCACUGGCACUCGCUCACUGCUGCGAGGUACGGGUCGGCGACCUUCCUGACGGUGGACGACGGAGAUGGUGACCUGUACAACGCCUCCGUCGUGUUAGAAGGACGCCAGCUGCUGGAGGUGGACGGUCAGGAGGGCGUCCAUGUUGGGGGGACACCAGAAUAUGCUGGCGUCACCGUUUACAACAUCCAUAGAGACUACCAUGAUGGGUGUAUGGACGACCUGCGAAUCUCGGGUCACGGUGUGCCACUUCCCCCAGCGGUCAACAGCACGGCGUGGGGUCAGGCGAGCGUGUUGAAAGGUGUGGAACAGGGAUGUGGCGCCCCUCCUGCCUGUGCCAACGUGUCCUGUAGAGAUCCUCUCUCCUGCGUCGACACCUGGAGGUCCUACCACUGCGGGUGUGGUGAGGGACGUAUGUUGACCACCAGCCAGACCUGUGACGACGUGGACGAGUGUGUGUGGCAGCCCUGCCUCAACAGUGGCUCCUGCUUCAACACCCAGCCAGGCUACGUGUGUUCCUGUCCAGCUGGGUUCAAUGGACAGCACUGUCACCUGCCUGACGUUGGAGAGACUUCACUAAAACUCUCCCUGGCGGCGCUGGUGGCCAUAGUCGUGUGGUGCACCUUCCUCCUCCUGCUGAUCUGCGCCUUCUUGCUGCAUCAACACCACCGACGAUCAGCACUACGCAGGGGGGGCACUGGUGACAAGAACCACACCGUCACCUGUAAAGAAAAGGUGUCUCCGCCCUGCAGCCACACACCCAACCUGCUGGAGCUACAGCUCCUCAAGCUGCCCAAAGCCAACGGACAACCAGCCUGGGCCAAGAACCCUAAUAUCGCAGACGUGGACGUCCUGCAGGUGGACGCAGCUUCAGAGACCAGCAGCAUGGAGGAACAGAAGCGGUGCGGUGCCUUAGCUGCCACCUCAGACGUCGAGCAUGGGGGAGGCAAAGAGAGACCGGCGCUCGAGACGAAGAAACAAAACGGCACCAUCAAGGAAGGAGUUGGUAACCCUCCUGCCGGGGACGACCUGAGGAACUAUGCUUAUGAAGGUGACGGCUCCUCCCCGGGGUCACUCUCCUCCUGUCUGGAGAGUUGCAGCGGAAGUGCCAAGUUCCUGGGUGGGUUCCGUGAGGUGGCGCACAUGCUGGAGUCCUGACACACGAAUGGGUCACAGUCCAGCCAAUCAUCAACAGCCACAACCAAACCAAACGCCUCUCCAUCAGACGCAACUGUUAUUCGUUCUUCCAGUUUAGCAGAUAAUGAUACAACCACACACACUGUUUACUUCGAUGUGAUCUCAUCAGCGAUCACCGAUGGCUUAACUGGGAAGCUCUUACCAGGAAAUGCAACCAAACCUGCGUCCAUGUCUACAUCGAGUGCCUUUCGAAAUAAAUAAUGGUUCUGUUGGAAGUAUAUAAAUUUAUGAGAAAAAGAAAAAAAAUGUCCAGAAAUUGUUAGUGUUUACUGUGAUUUGCAUUCCUAAUAGUAUACUGUAUAUCAAUAGUCAGUUGAUUUGUCAUAGUAAUGAUUUCUAUCUUGGUGUUCUGGUGCAAAACACACACACACACUCUCUCUCUCUCUCUCUCUCUCUCUCUCUCUCUCUCUCUCUCUCUCUCUCCGCAUCACCUGAGGCAGAGAGAGCCAUUAAUUAAGCCUGUACCACCACCACACACUUAACAUUCCGCAUAGAUAAAAAAGUUGUAACAAAUUGCUUCUGUGCUUCUCUAACGUAGCCUUUGUCAGCAGCUGGCCUCUCUGUUGUUUAUGUGUAUGAAAAAAUCUUUUCGUAUUGAUGUAAGUUUGUAAUAUUUGCCGUUUCGAAAAUUGUGGUUUCUGGUGACAAGCGAAACCCCGUGUACUGAAUGACAAGAGAUGGGUGUAUUGUUGAGUGUCAUGGAGCGACGUGCACUAUGUAUGUAUGUUUGUGUGUAUGUAUGUAUGUAUGACCUAUGGAAGGUGACUCUAGACAGGCAAGUGAAAACGUUUUCCAAAUGAGUUGUUCCAACGUGACAGAACUAGAGAAAAAGUUUCCUUGCUAUUGCAGUAAAUAAUGAAAUACGGGAUUGUACCAAAAUAUCAUGAAUGUUUGUUUUGGUGUGAUGGGAAGAGAUUGCUGUCAUAACAAACAAACAGAACUCCAUGUUUGUUUGUGUGUGUAUAUAUGUGCGUUUUUGUGUCUGUAUGUCGUGCCUUAUAAUUCUAACAUAUAAGAGUUAUUCUAAAUCUGUUAACAUCACGUUGAAUGUUUUUAAGUCGUACAAUAGUAACACACAUACACACACACUCCACACAUAGAUGAUGAUGUCUUAAAAUUAUAAAGAUCAACAUCCUGCUGGUGAUUGUUCAUUAUGAGUGUUGUGAACGUUUAGUAUUUGCAGAGUUGAACAUGUAAGAGUUGUACUUGGAGUGAAUUAGAAAUAGUAUUGGACAGUUUUGAAGUGAGAAAAAACGUAAAGCAGUUAAGACAGUCGUAAAGACAAGGUAUUACCAUGAAAAAAUCAUUGAAAACUUGAGGCAAAACAUUACAUAUUAGCUAAAGAAAUUUUUAUAACUAAAGGAACAUCAAAAAUAAAUUAUUGGAAAGCUGUAUAAUAGGGUGACUAGCUGGAUGUGAGUUUUGUAUUUUUCUAAAGUUUAUCUGACUAAUAAAAAUGUUAAGAUGUUGUU